AAUUGAGUAGGGAAGGUAGGUUUGAAAAUUUCGUCCAAUUUGAUCCGCGACUCCCACUAGUGUUUGUGGACAUUUUGUGUUUACUUUUCGUGUUUCGAAGAAGGCGCUGGAGACCGAAGGAGCGCGAACCAACUAAGAAAGGACCUAGAGAGCGAUGCGUUUGCGGUGGUCGUGGUGGCGUUGCUACUGCUGCUCAGGGUUUAUCUUUCCCACGACGACGGCGUCCAAUGCACUGGAGCACGCGGCCGAAGGUCGUCGUCGUUGAUGGCCUUGCAAUUGCAGAUGACUUGGCUGCCGAGUCUUCUCACUCAGAAGCGCAAGACCGAUCACCCUGUGGGCCUCAGGAACCUCGGCAACUCUUGCUACCUCAACAGCGUCCUCCAGUGUCUUACCUACACUCCUCCUCUGGCCAAUUUCUGUCUUCGAAACCAGCACUCUUCCCUUUGCGAUUCUGCUUCGGAGGAAAGGAAGCGGGACUGCCCCUUUUGUCUGCUAGAGAAACGAAUUGUUCGUUCUUUGAGAGUGGAUCUCGCCCAAGAUGCUCCGUUGAAGAUCCAGAGCUGUCUCAGGAUUUUCGCCGAGCACUUUCGUUGCGGGCGUCAGGAGGAUGCUCACGAGUUCCUGAGGUACGUUAUCGAUGCCUGCCACAACACCUGCCUUCGCCUCAAGAAGUUGAGGCGCAAAGGGGGCGAUACUGCUGUCAAUGGUAACGGCUGCAAUACUGUUGUGAAGGAGAUAUUUGGGGGAGCCUUGCAGAGCCAGGUGAAGUGUCUCUCUUGUGGAUAUGAGUCCAAUAAGGUGGAUGAAAUUAUGGAUAUCAGUCUUGAUGUUUUACAUAGCAAUUCGCUCAAAGAUGCUAUGCAAAAGUUCUUUCAGCCUGAGAUUUUAGAUGGGAAUAACAAGUACAAAUGUGACAAUUGCAAGAAAUUGGUGACGGCUAAGAAACAAAUGUCUAUACUUCAAGCCCCUAAUGUCCUCGUCAUACAACUUAAGAGAUUUGAGGGCAUAUUGGGUGGGAAGAUCGAUAAGGCUGUUGCAUUUGAAGACAUUUUGGUGCUUUCUAGCUUCAUGUGCAAACAAAGCCAGGAUCCAAUGCCAGACUAUAGGCUCUUUGGUACUAUUGUUCAUUCUGGAUACUCCCCAGAAUCAGGCCAUUAUUAUGCUUAUAUAAAGGAUGCAAAAGGCCGGUGGUAUUGCUGUGAUGAUUCUUCUGUCUCACUUGCAACCCUGAAAGAAGUUUUGUCAGAAAAGGUUUACAUACUUUUUUUUUCUCGCACUAACCAAAGGCCUGUGCCUGUAAGUAAUGGUUUUGCUUCGAACGGCUCAAGGUCUCAGGACUCUUAUCACAUUAAUGGUAGUCAGGCAUGUGAAUGCCCAAAAUAUGAUGGACCACCAAAAGUAGUGCAUACAAAAUUAAGUUCUCAACAAUCUUCCUGGAAGGACAUGUCUGCCAUGUCCAAGACUGGUAAAGAGCCUUCUAGCCCCCGAGUGAAGUUUAAUUUUAACGGAAAUUCUACUUCCAAAAGAGGCCAUGAAAGUUUCAAUGGGAAAGUUGAUGUUCCGUUGAAUCAGCCUGUAGUAACUAAUGGACAUGUAAAAGACUCAAUUUCUUUGGAGAAUGCGAAGAAAGAUCCUUCAUCAAUCAGGAAUGGUUUUGAAAAAAAUAAAGUAGAUGCUGUUGACAACUUAAAAAGGAAGGAUUCAGUGUUAACAAGUAAAAACACUAGUAUUCAUUCUGUUGAAAAAUAUCCCAGAAAGUCAGAUCUUAUGGAUGACACUGGGAGAAGCAGAGCAAUAUCAGGAAAUUACAACCAUAAGCUAGAAGCCAAUGGUCUCAACAACAAACCUAAUUCAUUGGAGAAUAAGAGGAAGGAACCAGAGGCUACCAGCAUUUUGCUUGCACAUGAUGAUCAGUCUGAAGCAAGAGUUCAGGAACUUAAAGACAGGCUUGGAAAAGAGGCAAAGUCAGUUUUAAGGUCAUGUGGCUGGACAGACAAGGUGUAUGACUAUAUGUCUUCUAGAAAGAGGUUACGUGCACAAGAAGCAGGAAAUUCAUCAAUUGAAGAUGAAAUAAAGAAGUUGCUAAUAAGUGAGGCCAAGGGAGCUUUCAUAUCACAGAUCCCUGAGUCAUUGAAAGAGGAUCUGAUUGUUCGUCUCCGAUUAUUUAGCAAAGAAAAGGCAUAACUUGGAGGACCGUGAUGUGAAGCAUGUUUACAAAUUUGUGCAGCAUACAUAUGUUGCUACCGAGCCAUGGUGUUCAUAAUAUGUAUUACGUAUGGUCUUGGUGACUUUGAUAUUCUUACUGGGAUGCUCAAUGGGGCAUCGUUAUAUUCUGACUGUUCGAGGGCUGGCAGCAGCAGCAGGAGAUUGUGAUUCAAGCCUUCCCUUCACCCAAAACUGACAUUGUUAUUCUAGAUGCUCUAUCAACAUAUUCAUAUGGCAGUUCAGAUAUGAAGUGUUGCCAUAACUUUUCCUUUCUUAAUGGAGGCCGUGCAGCACUAUUUUUUCGAGAGCAUUUCAGAGAUUCUAUUCAUUUUGUAAAAUAUCUGUUUAGGCAUGUAUCAGCGCGGAAUCCUUGUCUUUUUCUUGUAGAAUUGGUGAGGGACAAAUUUUCCAUCCACGAAAAUGAGUGUUUGCAAUUGCAUGACUUGUGGAUGCGUUCUAUUAACAAUAUGACUGUACACUUCCUGGUAAGAGUACACCAUUUACUUUGAAAAUGGGGCCCUGGCCUUGCCCCCAAUGUAGUUGACUAAUUAUCUGAUUUUAGUCAUUGCUGAGUGACUUGUA